AUGUUCUCACCGGACUUGUCACCUCGUGGUAUACAUCACCUAUGGUCGAGUAAUAACAAUCAGUUACUUCUCAAUUCUUCACAACAACGCACAGCCAACAAUUCUGAAGCCAAACAUUACAACAAAUUGUUUGCACCACCAUUGUCAUCGUACACAGCUGCAUUUCCAGGUCCUGAUCCAUCGCAAAUGGAAUACCUACAAAUCACGCGAUCUGAUAAGCCCCACCCAACUGUUGAUGAUUUAGCAUUGUUGAUGAGAAUGAAGGAACAACGCUUAAUGAAGAUUAGAAAUACUGGUUAUUCAACAAUUAGACCAAUUGGUAUUGGGAAAACAAUGGAGGAAUUAGAUUAUGCACAAAGGGGCUAUAGUGCUGUAGAAGAUAGUACUAUCAACAAUAAUGUUGCUGCUGAAAAUUCGAACGAAGAAGAGAUGAGUACGAUGCCGUUGAAUAUUGGCGAAGAAGAAGAAGUUGAUUUGGAUGCAGAAAUCUUGGAUGCGGAUGAACUUCGAUCGGAUGAAGAAGACGACGAUGAUGACGAUGAUAAUGAUGAUGAUGAUUAUGAUGAUGGUAUAAACAUACCGCAGAGCCAUGAUCAUCACCACUUCCGAAGAAAUCAAGGAUAUAUAAUGGAUGAUGAAGGGUUCAUGGCUGCCGAGGUGGAGUAUCAGGAUGAUCACAGUUUGAACUCGGAAACAAAUACCCAUAUGUUGAUUAGUAGUGCAGUUACAGCUACUGUUUUACCCACUCGUACAACUGGGAAUCGUACCUCAACCACCAAUCCAACAACUGCCCCUUCAUUUCAAACUUUAGAGGAACAGCAUUUCGAUAAUGAAAACGACUACUCUGAACAAGAUAUGCUUGUUGAUUAA